AUGAUUCAGAAAUAUGGAAUUCCUAUAAUCGAUUCAGACGUGUUGGCCCGUGAAGUGGUACAACCUAAAAAACCAGCUUAUGAAUUAAUAGUCAACCAUUUUUCUAAAGAAAUUCUUCUUGAGGAUGGGACUUUGGAUAGGGCAAAAUUAAGAAAUAUCAUUUUUGCCGAUGAAAGCCAGAGAAAACUUUUAAACAAGUUUACACACCCGUAUAUUAGACGAGAAAUAUUGAAAUUAUUAUUUUGGUAUUGGAUUACCGGGAAAAAGAUGGUAGUGUUAGACACACCAUUAUUGAUUGAAGGGGGACUUCACAAAUUCAUGAACUAUGUUGUUGUAGUUUACUGUUCCGAACAAAUUCAGCUACGUCGUUUAAUGAAACGAGACGAUGUAUCAGAACCUAUCGCCAGGCAAUAUAUUUCGGCUCAAAUUCCUCUGAAGGACAAAAUAAAAUUUGCUGAUUUUGUUAUCGAUAAUUCUGGUGAUUUGCCUGAGACGGAACGUCAAGUUUACAAUAUAUUAAGUAAAGUAAAACCAUUGUGGAGUUGGUUGUUAAUUUGGCUAGGCCCUCCUUUGUUAUUGACUUUAUCUACUACUUAUAUAGUGGCAAAAGUCACUAAAUAA